AUGGGUUCAGGGAAAACUAGGGCUAACCCGAAUAACCGUCCAACGGUGAGACACCCUAGUCACGAUCAUCCUUUGAGGAUCUUCAAAUUCCAAGAAGGAGAUGAGAUCAUUUGCUCUGGAUGUGAGCUCGAACUAAUUGGGCAAGCUUACAAGUGCACAAAGUCAGAGUGCAAUUACUUCUUGCACAAGUCAUGUUUCGACCUUCCAGGUAAGACCCUUCACAAGUCUCACCCUAAUCACCCUUUGACUCUAGUUCAUUCUCCACCAUACGGAAAGUCCACUUUCACGUGUCAUGCGUGUGGUGAGCAUGGAUCUGGUUUCACGUACCAUUGCUCUAUGUGCCAGUACAAUGUUCAUGUUGGAUGUGCGUUUGUCUCUGAGAUCGUGGAGCGUGAAGACCAUGAACACCCACUCACUCUACUUUACAACACGCCUUGCAAAGGUCGCGAGGAUGGUGUAACGUUCAUAUGUGAUGUUUGUGAAGAAGAUAUGCAUGAGAAUCUAUGGGUGUAUUAUUGCAAAGAAUGUGAUUAUGGGACACAUGUACAUUCAUGCUCUGCUAAUGAAUAUAAUGGUCCAAGGAAAGGAGAAGAAGAAGGAGAAACAAGCUCGGCGGCUUUAGAGAUGAAGUCUGUAAUGGAUGCUAAGAUGGAGAUGGCGAUGAUGCAAGCGCAGCUCGAUGCUAUUGACGCAGCCGGUAGUUACGUCGGUUCAUGGGAACCAAGGAGGAGAUAUUAUUGGUGA